AUGAAAGAUAAAAGAAAUUCAGAUAGCUCAUCUACUUAUGUUAGUCCAUGGAGUAACGAACAUAAUCAUCACAGCACAAACAACAAUGCUGCCAACUUUUAUGCUGGUAUCGGUGGAAGUUUAAGUUUUUCAGAUCAUAACAGUCUUAAUAUAAAUAUUGCUGCUGGUGGAAGUGCUAUAAACAAUAAUAAUAAUAAUAAUAAUAGUAGUUUUAAUAAUAAUAACAAUAAUAGUUUUAAUAAUAAUGUCAAUAAUAGUUUUAAUAAUAAUAAUAAUAAUAAUAGUUGUAAUAAUAUGUCAAAUAGUUUAUCAAUUCCAAUUGGUGUUGGUGUAGGUGGUAGUAUGAAUGCUACAUCACCAUCAAAUAUACCUAUAGUAAUUACUACUACACCUGCCAAUUCAUUACAGUCACCGCAGAUGAAUAACAAUAGCAGUAAUAUGCCAGUGUACUCUAGUUCGUCAUCUGCCACGAUGAAGAAGAAGACAUUCUCAACAUCACCAUCGUCACCAACAUUUAGUUCGUUGUCUAGCAAACUUAUGACACUAUUCACAAGUUCAUCGCAUGGUAAUAAUAGUAAUUCAAAUGGACCACAUUCACCAAGAUCGAAACAUAAUAAUAAUAGUAAUCAUCAUAAUAACCAACACCACCACCAACAACCACCUGCAUUGAGUGAUGGUGAUCUAGAGUUAUUAUCACAAAUGAAACAACUUCAUCUCUCAUUGUUACAUCCAGCGAGUGAAGUGUGCUUCGACUUUUUUGGUCUUCCUAUUGAGAUUAGAAUGCACAUACUAUCAUUCACCGAUGCUUCGGAUCUCUCUCGAACAGCAGCCACCUCUAGAUCUUGGAAUGAAUUGGUCAACGAUGAACAACUUUGGAUAAUGUUGAGUAAACGUGUAUUUGGUGAUAGUCUUAAAACUGAUAUUAAAUGGAAGAAUGUAGUUAUUAAAAAUUUAGUUAAACUAAGAGAGUUUAAAGGUGAAGACUCUUUCGAACAAAAGUUGUUGUGGGCAUGUGAGAAUGGUCAUGACCAGAUUCUUCAGAGAGCAUUCGAUAGCAAGAGAAUCAUAUGCUUAAACAAUUCAAAUUGUCAAUGUGCAACAUGUACUAAACCAACUUAUUUAAAUUUAAAUGAUGAUACUCCAACAACAACAACAACAACAUCAACAAUUAAUAAUAGUAGUAACGAUAACAAUAAUAAUAAUCAAAAUGUUAAUAAUAAUAAUAAUCAAAAUAAUAAUGAUAAUCAAAAUAAUGGUGAAGGUUUUAAUUUCGAUGUAGAUAUGGAGAUUGAAGAUGUAGAUAUUGCAGGACCAUCGUCACCCUCUGGUUUAAGUCCAAAGAUUAACGAUACCACUGGAAUUUCGUUGAAAAAGAGAAACAAGUUCCUUUUGAAAGCAUCGUACAAGGGACAUCGUGCUGUCGUCGAGGUCUUGCUAAAGAACGGUGCAGAGGUGGAAGCGAUCACACGUAGUGGAUUUACCGCGCUGCAUAUGGCAUGCGGUAAGGGUCAUGCCGAAGUCGCAGAGUGUCUACUGCAAUACAACGCCAAGAUCGAAUGUAAAAAUAGAAAUGGUUCGACACCACUACACACCGCUGCCCAGAAAGGUCAUGUCUCUGUAGUGGAACUGCUCAUCCGACAUGGUGCUUGUAUCGAAGCGACCAACAGCAAUGGUGUCACACCACUAAACUCUGCCGCACACAACGGACACACCGAGGUAGUCGAAUGUCUCUUGAAUCUAAACGCCAACAUGGAAGCAACCAACAAAAAUGGUAUCACACCAUUAUAUUCUGCUGCUCAUAGAGGUCAUUUUAAGGUUGUAGAAUGUUUAUUAAGAUAUAAUGCUAAUAUCGAAGGUACAACAAAGAAUCAUGGUGCUACACCACUUUAUAUUUCUGCACAGGAAGGAUAUACAGAGAUUGUGAAACUCUUGUUGGAUCAUAGUGCUAAUGUAGAGGCAAAGAUUCGUUCUGGUAUGAGAAGUGGUGCAACUCCAUUGUAUACUGCAUCACACAGAGGUCAUGUUAAGAUCGUUGAACUUUUAUUACAAAAGAAAGCAAAUACACAAGUUACCGAUAGAAAUGGUUUUACACCAUUACAUAAAGCUUCUUCUGAAGGUCAUGGUGAUGUGAUAGAAUGUUUAAUUAAAUAUAAUGCAGAUUUUAGAGCAAAGUCAAGAGAAAAUACAACACCUUUGGAUGUUGCUCACAAGAGUGUUAAGAAACUACUAAAAUCUUAUAUGGUAAAUCAAGAAUCAUCUCAACAUCACAGUUCAGGAACAAUUGAUUGCUCAAUAAUGUAA